AAUAUAAAAUUUCAUCAUUGCGAAUCUCGCGAAUCUCAAGAUUCUGUAUUCCUAUAUUUCCUGCACAUAAUAUCUCGCUCUUCUUACCCGCGAUGGAUGCGGAAUAUGCUUAUACGAAAAAAAGAAUGCACUUUGGGAAGAAGUGCAAUUUUUCAGAUAAUGAUAAAGUGGAAGUGGAAAUCAAAUCGGAUCCAGCGUUAAUGAACAAUUACGUUAGAACCGAUCCCGUGACGCACGCCACGCAAUGCAGCAAAGUUUACGCGGUCCACGAGGUAAACACACCUACCGCGACAUACAGGGACAGCAAGAUGUUCCAUUACGAGGGCGGCUGGCCAAAAGAUAUAAAUAUGAAGGACCUGGAGCAGACGGUCAGGUACAGGCGCAAAAUCGAGAAAGAUGAACUGUUUCUCCACACGAUGCUGCAAUUGUUGCCCUCGAUGGAACACUACAUACUGCAAAAUAACGCGUGCAACAUCUACGAGCAAUUUUUCGCCGACGUGGAGGCGACCCCGCUAAUACAGAGAGCCUUCUCGCGCACGGUGAACGUUUACCGCGAUCCCUUAAUAGCGAAACGAUCUAUCACUCAUCUGUCGUGGUCGCCGGAUCAGGGCAAUCGCUUCGCGGCCAGUUACAGCAACGCCAAUUUCAAGAAGAGUUUCAGCAGCAAUUACACGUCGUACAUCUGGGAAGUGGAGAAUCCGAACAGUCCCUACAUGACACUGAAACCAUUUUGCCCGACAUUGACGUUGGAGUACAAUCCUAAGGACAGUAACAUCCUGGUGAGCGGUCUAAUGACCGGUCAGGUGGCCUGCUGGGACGUUAGAAGGGGACCGGAACUAGUGGACAUCAGCUCGAUAGAGUUCAGCCACAGGGAUCCCUGCGACAAAACCUUGUGGAUCAAUUCCAAGACCGGCACCGAGUUCUUUAGCGCCUCAAAAGACGGACAGAUAAAGUGGUGGGACACCAGAAAAAUGCUGACUCCGACGGAGACACUGGUCAUUGAUUUGCUAAAGCCAGAGGAUCAAAAUGUAGACAAAGCGACUGGCAUCUCGGCUCUGCAAUUUGAAUCGUCGAUGGGAACGCGGUUCAUGUGCGGCUUAGAAAAUGGCAUCGUGGUAUCUGGCACUCGCAAGGGCAAGACACCCGGCGAGAAAAUCGCGACGAGAUUCAGAGCUCAAUACGGUCCGGUCAUUAGUUUGGAGAGGAAUCCAACGUUCGUAAAAAAUUUUCUGACGGUUGGUGAUUGGACCUCGAGGAUUUGGGCAGAGGACUGCAGGGAAUCCUGCAUAGCUUGGACGCCCGGCCAUCGGGAUUUUCUAACGGGCGGCGCCUGGAGCACGACACGUUAUUCCGUGUACUACCUGAUUAAAACGGACGGAACGUUGGAUGUGUGGGAUUUUCUAAUUCAGCAAGACAGUCCGGUCCUUAGCGUGAAAAUAUGCGAUGAAAGUUUGACUUGUUUGCGACCCCACGAACAAGGACAGCUGGCUGCAGUCGCGAACAAAAAAGGUUCAACCUAUUUACUUGAAUUCUCGGAAGUUUUAACGAUAAAUCAAAAGAACGAUAAAGUGCUGCUAACAGCGCUCCUUGAUCGCGAAACUCGCAGGGAGAAAGUGAUAGAAGCGAAAAACAGAGAGUUACGAUUGAAAAUGAAGACCCUGAAGACGCAUGGCGAAUCGGAUUUCGUCGAUGCUGCCUCGAAGCCGGACGAACGAGACGAAGUUAAAGAAUCCUGCAGCGAUCUGCGGAACGCGCUGAUAACACAGUGCGAGGAGGAAUACGAAAAUCUGAUUAACGCGGAAUUGGCGCAACAGGCAAGUAAUGUCGAACUAAAUAACAACGUGAUUCAGAACGGCAAUUACAAUUAACGCAAGGUAAGGAAAGAAAGGAACUUUCGCUAAGCGACUAGGAAUUGAACGUAUGUUGUAAGUAACUCGUAUUUUACUAAUAAAUUAUUAAUAAAGGAUUAGUACUGAUAUAAGACAUUUUUUUCUGUUUUAUUGGGUCGUCCGGAAAGUUCGUGCCGAUUUUUAAUAGAUGGCGUUGGAACAUGUCUGAAU